ACAGCUGACAGCCAAUUUGGUGCGCCGGUAUGUGUUUGUGUGUCAUCUCUUGCUCUUCGUCUUCAUUAAUUUUAGAAAUCUCAAGGAGAAAAGUCGAUUUAUUUGUGCUUUUUAUCCAAAUUCAUUCACAAAUCACUAUUAUCAUACAAAACUCAUUCCAUCCAGUGAUAUAAUCGUUCCUAAUCGAGUGAAUCAUCCAAAAAAUGGCCGCAAAAGGUGAAAAACUUUUGGAAAAUGUGAAAAAAUGUUUACAAAACAAAGAGUACGACAAAGUUCUUGGUCUAUUUCAUUCGGAGCAAGUGGAGAACCUUGAAACACUCAAACUUAUCACUGCAGACUUAUUGGAAAUCCUUUUGGUGCAUCUCAACGAUGAGAACUACAAGAAUAACCUUGAGUUGUAUACUUGUUGUGAGGAGGUUAUGAAGUUGGCGGCAACGCACUCCCAAGCCGAGGAAGUGCUCUUCGAGUUGCUGCAGAUUGUCGAGGAGAGUCCGUCGGAGAAUGUCUUCACUACGGCUUUGAAAUGUCUGCAGAUCUGUCUGCUUCGUUUGAAGUCGGACAAAUCUCGGGCGCUUGAAUGGACACUGAACUCGAUCGUGAACCGAAUCACUGAGUUGAAGCUUCCCAGCUACGUAGUGAGUGGUUAUAAUCAACGUCAGGAACAGCUCCUCGAACAGGAUGACGAUGUCUUGAAAGUCUUGGCUAACUAUAUCACCCUGGCUCUAUUCUAUGAGCCUCUGCUUGAGGAUGUUCUAAAAGAUAAAGACGACGAAUCGAAGACGAUUAACCGCAGGAACGUUCUGUGCUGCUUUUUCUUGCAGCUCCUGGGUAAACCUUUGUGUUAUCUGGACCUGGCUAAGAAUGAAAAGCUGACCAACACCUACACAAUGCAGUGUGCAGCGUCUUUGGUCAAAGCGGCCACCAGAAUUCUCGACGAUCCCUUUUAUCUGCUGAGCUUGGUGGAGGAGAAGGCCAAGAACAAGUCCCAUCCGCCAGAAGAGUUCGAUGACUUGACAUCCACGGAGAAUAUCUUCAAAAUGGAGGAAAAGUUGCCUAUUGAGUCAAUGGGAAUAUUCUACUAUCUGCUUAUUGUUGAGGAGAUUGGAUUCGAAUCCGCUCCCAAGAUAUACUGCCCAGUGUACAUCUUCGAAUCGUGUCUGUACUUGGUCACCGAUUUCCUAUCGCGCAAGGCGCCCACUCUUCAGAAGCGGGGACUUCUCCUUUGCCACAAGACUAUCGAUAAUAUGGGCGAAUUGCAAAUACCCGACAAGAGCCUCUUCGAGCCAAUUCACCAAAACUUCACUCGUGUUCUCUCCCAGAUUAUUGCAUACUCGUCCAUUAAGAGUUCUCGUCAGUCUGCAGUUCAGCUUCUGAAGAAGUAUAUCCUUCGAUUUAGCGAUGAAUCAAAAUGCGUCACCAUCAAAUCUCUCCUGCUGAGUGUGAAGCAUCCCGGACUGCAGGGAUAUCUCGGAACGAUAUACAAGGACCUAGUAGCUGUGAAACUAGCCACCAGCGGUGUAGAGAAACUUCCAGCGUGCUAUUCUGGGGAGGAGUUUUCAGAUUUUAUUCUCAAACAAAUCUGUGUCCUUCAGAAAGGAGUCGAAACGGACCUAAUCGAGAACUCUGAUCGCAUCAUACCGGCUCUAAAUGCAAUUCGAUUCUUUGCCAUAACUGACGAAAAGAACUUGACUGGAUUCUGGGAUGUAAACAAAAAAAUCGAAAAAGAUUUCCUUGAUCCGCUGAGGAUGGCCAUCAAUAUGUCGGUGGCUCAUUACGAGCUGGAAAAGAAUACAGUGAAGAACAACAAAGGCUUGAACGAGGAAUACGAUCGUAUGGCACAAAUGUUGAGCGUUUCUGCUUUGAAUGGCUCAGAUGUUUCUCUCGCUCUGGACCCCGAAAGAAAGGUGGAAGUAUUGGAUCAGGGAUUGACGUCAUUAGAUUUAUUGAAAUGUCUAUUGGCACGCGCUACAGAAUGUGUUGAGAAAAGACACAAGAAGAAAUAAAAAUGAAAAAUCCAAACUAAAAAUCAUGAAAGAAAAUCUCUCUUAAUAAAUUUUAUUAUAUUUUUUUAAAUGCAA